AACUCCUUCAUUUGCUUUAUCUCCUCUCAUUUCACGUAUAUAGAAAACCAAAAAAAAGAGCAAAAAAACAAAAGAAAAAAAAAGAAAUGGGAUUUUGUUUUUGUUUAUCCUCAGGAGGAUCAACAGAUAGAAACCAGAUUUACGAGAUAAAUGAUUAUGGACAAGAAAAUGCAGUUCUAUACUCUGAACAACUUGAAGUUCCUCAAGACUUUGGCUCGGUCUCGUCUUUAGCUGGAGGCAAGGGAUUCAAUCAAGAUGCUGCCAUACUCCACAUGGGAUAUGGAACUGAAGAAGGAGCGUUAUGUGGAGUGUUUGAUGGGCAUGGAGAGAGGGGUGAAUUGGUGAGCAAGAUCGUAAGAAACCAGUUGCCAUCUUUAUUGUUAGGUCAUAUGAAUAAUCAUUCAGUGACUCGAGACUGGAAACUCAUCUGCGAAACUACGUGUUUGGCCAUGGACAAAAGAAUUCUUAAACUUAAGAACACUGUUGAUUGCUCUUCUUCCGGAACUGCUGCUGUUUUCGCCGUUAAACAUGGAAACCAAGUGAUGGUGGCAAACCUAGGAGAUUCAAGGGCUAUUAUGAUUGGAACAAGUGAGAAUGGAGAAACGGAGGUGAUUCAGUUGACCAGUGACCUAAAGCCAAGUGUCCUAAGCGAAGCGGAGAGGAUAAGGAAACGCAACGGAAGAGUAUUAGCUUUAGAGGCAGAGCCUCAUAUUCUAAGAGUAUGGCUUCCACAUGAAAACCGCCCCGGUCUAGCCAUGUCUAGGGCUUUUGGUGACUUUGUCCUUAAAAGCUACGGUGUCAUUGCAACUCCUGAAGUCUCUACGCAUCAAAUCACUUCUCGCGACCAGUUUCUGCUCCUUGCUUCCGAUGGGGUGUGGGAUGUACUUAGUAACGAAGAAGUGGCUAAGGUGGUGAUGAACUCUGCCAACGAGGCAGGAGCGGCCAACGCGGUGACAGAAGCGGUGGCUAAUGCGUGGAGACAGAAAUAUCCGACGGCUAAGGUUGAUGAUAUCACUGUCGUGUGUCUCUCUGUCAACAAGAGACAUGUUCCACAGCCUCGUAUAUGAUUAAACAAACACACUUGCGAAGAAAGACUAAUCAAAGAUGGAUGACAAAACAGCUUACUCAGAGACUUCUGUGUGUUUGCCUAUGAGCGUGAACGUAUGUGUAUAUAUUUAUACCUACCGUUGUAUGUUACGUCGUGUGAUUAUUACUUAGAAAUGAAAUGAUACAGAAGUUAGGAGUGGUGUGUGUCGUGGGAUAAAAGCAAGGAGGAGUUUGACAUUUUUGACACACGUCAUGGGAAUCUAUGUAUAACUAUUGGAGCUUAUAACGUGAAUCAUUCAAAUUUCUGUUUCCAAA